AUGCCGCAUGUCAUCGCUCGAACACCCAGGAUGGCCCAGUGUGGGCAUCAUUCAGGGCUGCCUGCAGAGAAGAAGAUCUCUCCAGGUGUCACUCGGGUGAUAGUGCAGACACCAGGCAAGCAGGAAGACUUUGUGAUAGCCAGUGAUACCUCAGUGAGGCAGUUCAAGGAGAAGCUAUCGGCUCACUUUAAAUGCCAAAUGGACCAACUAGUGCUUGUCUGCAUGGGCCAUCUUCUCAAAGACCAUGAUGUGCUGAGCCAGAGGGGCAUCCUGAACGGUCACACCAUCCACGUGGUCAUCAAGUCUAAAAACGGCUCCAGAUCCCUAGCCCAUUUCUCCCGGGACCUGUCAACCAAUAAACCCUGCCACCAGGACAAAAACACCAAAGGAAACAGCAGUGGGGAAUACCAAUCUGCUGGUGUGGGUUACACCCCAGUGGAGUCAGCUCUCUCAGAGGAUGCACCCAAGGUGCAUACCCAGGACUUGAAAGUGGAUAGUCUAGAGCACAUAUCACAGAUACUGGAGAAUCCUAGCAUCCAGCAACUGCUGUCCAACACAGACUUCAUGAGACAGUUCAUCUCAGAACACCUAGACAUGCAGCAAUUGAUGCAGCAGAACCCAGAGGUCUCACACAUCCUUGACAAUUCUGAGAUCCUGUGGCAGACUCUGGAGCUGGCCAGGAACCUGGCAGUGAUUCAAGAGAUAAUGCAGAUCCAGCAACCUGCACAGAAUCUUGAGAGCCCACCGAACCCACAGUCAUAUGUAGGCUUGGAGAGUGUCCCAGGAUGGGAUAAUGCCUCAGGUCAGAGUUCUGCUGAUUUCAAUCAUCAGAUGCUCAACAGCGCACAAGAUCCAUUUGGGGGCAACAUUUUCACAGGUCUCCUGGGAGGACAAGUGCCAGAGCAAGUCCAGUUUUCAAUCCCGUCUCCACCACCAUCCCAGGAAUGGCAGGAACAUCUCCCACAGCCCCCUACAGCCCGAGUCAUCCAUGCUAGUUCUCGAGGUGUAUCUUCAAUCACUUCAGCCAAUUCUACCCCCAACAUGGCAAAUCAUACUUCCAGGGCCAGUACUUCUAACUCCACUAAUGGUCAGAGUCAUACUUGUGCAGUGGAGCAGCCAAUUGGGAUACCAGACUUACCUAGCAGAGAGCUCAACCAGCUGCCCCAGGCAGAAGACAAAGAUGCCACCAUUUCUAUAGAUAGCUCUAACCAGAAAUUAGAUGAUCUCCAGCAGUCAAAUGAGCAGACCAGCUCCCAGAUCACAGGAAGCAUGAUGCAACUGCUUUUGAACAACCCUUCCCUGGCAGCCCAGAUGAUAAUGUUCAUGAGUGUGCCCCAGCUGAGUGAACAGUGGAGGCAGCAACUGCCUGCAUUUCUGCAGCAGACUCAGUUUUCUGAUAUGCUUAUAGCUCUAGCCAACCCUAAAGCAUCACAAGCAAUACUGCAGAUUGAGCAGAGUCUGCAGCUGUUGGCCACUGAGGCUCCUAUUCUUCUACCCUGGGUUGCCUCCUACUUAUGGGGCCUGGGCUGGCUUCCUGCACCCAGCUGCAGCUACCCUGACACAGUGCCCUGGGCCUGGGAUGUGCCCAAUAUGGCUGAGCCUAAAGGACCUGAGUCCUGUCCAAAAUCGGGAACAGUCCUACAGAGGCUACAGUCCCUAGCUGGAGACCCUUCCCACCUUCUACAAACCCCUGAGACUCGUUUCAGCAAGCAAAUGGAAUAUCUCCAGGCCCUGGGAUUUGCAAACCAUCAUGCCAAUCUUCAGGCCCUCAUUGCCACCGAGGGAGACACCAGUGCUGCCAUCCAGAAGCUCAGGAGAUCCCAGGGAUCCUAA